CUUUGUCCUCUUCAGCUGUGGCUGCAGUCAGGAAAGAUGCCGAAGAAAGAUUGAUUGACUACAUCCAAGCUUCUGGAAUGAAAUGUUCAGAAGACAUGGUGAAAUCGAUUCGAGAUGGAAAGUUGAUUGACUUCAAUGCGAUCGCUCCAACAUUGAAUGCUCCAACUCAAAUGGAAGUUGUUGCAAGAGAAACAGAGAUGACCCAAAACAAGAUUCUCUUUUCUGCAAAGCUUGACAAGAAUAUGCGACGAUCAGCUUACUUCAAAACGAACAAGCAAUCCGUUAAGUCAAACAUCAUGUCCAUAGUGCCUGGCACAAAUUGA